GAAAAGCCAACAACAAUGUACAGUGGGAUGAGGACUCCGUAGAAUACAUGCCAGCCAACCCAGUCAGGAUCGCAUUUGUCUUGGUUGUUCAUGGCAGAGCUUCUCGGCAGCUCCAACGCAUGUUUAAGGCUAUUUACCAUAAAGACCAUUUUUAUUACAUUCAUGUUGACAAGAGAUCCAAUUACUUGCACCGGCAAGUACUCCAGUUUGCCAACCAGUACCCAAAUGUGAGAGUCACUUCUUGGAGAAUGGCAACUAUUUGGGGAGGAGCAAGUCUUCUGUCCACCUACCUGCAGACCAUGAGGGACUUAAUGGAGAUGAAUGACUGGCCAUGGGAUUUCUUCAUUAACCUCAGUGCUGCCGACUACCCAAUCAGAACAAAUGACCAACUAGUAGCAUUCCUGUCCAGAUACCGUGAUAUGAACUUCUUGAAAUCACAUGGCAGGGACAAUGCAAGAUUUAUCAGAAAACAAGGACUGGAUCGGCUUUUCCUGGAAUGUGAUACCCACAUGUGGCGCCUGGGGUAUCGGAAGAUCCCAGAAGGGAUCGCAGUCGAUGGAGGGUCAGACUGGUUUCUCCUGAACAGGAAGUUUGUGGAGUAUGUCACUUUUUCUAAUGACGAUCUGGUAACAAAGAUGAAGAGAAUGUACUGAUCUGCUCUGUCUUCCUUGCAGUCCUUCUUUCACACUGUCUUGGAAAAUAGCCCCUACUGUGAGUCCAUGGUGGACAACAACUUGCGCAUCACAAACUGGAACCGUAAACUGGGUUGCAAGUGUCAGUACAAGCACAUUGUUGACUGGUGUGGCUGUUCACCUAAUGACUUCAAACCAGCAGACUUCCACCGAUUCCAGCAGACCGCAAGGCCAACUUUCUUUGCCCGCAAAUUUGAAGCUGUAGUGAAUCAAGAGAUAAUUGGCCAGCUGGACUACUACUUGUACGGGAACUACCCGUCGGGCACGCCAGGCCUGCGCUCCUACUGGGAGAACGCUUACGAGGAGGCGGACGGCGCGCACACCCUCAGCGACGUCUCCCUCACCAUGUACCACGCCUUCUCCCGCCUGGGGCUGCGCCGAGCCCAGACCUCCUUCCACGCUGCUGGGGACAGCAGCUGCCGGUGGGUCCGACUGCCUCUCCUCUCGGGGGUGGCUCAGGGGACACAGACUGAACGGCCAGGCUCCGGCGGACAGUGGGCUGCUUGGCUGUGCUGGCUGGAGCUUGCUGUCACAAGCAGGGCCAGGUGGCUGCAGACCUACAGCGCCUGUUUCCAGGAGUAUUUAUGCCCAUACUGA